AUGAGCCCCAGGAAAUUUCGGUUGAAUGUUUAUCAGAUUUGCAUAAAGAUUCUGAAAGCGAGGCAUUUGCCCCAAAAUGCAAAUCCAAUGGUCGUGGUUAAAGUGGGAAACAGAAGGAAAAAGACGGUGGUCCGUGAAAGAACGGACUCGCCGAUCUAUAACGAUUACUUCGUGUUCGAUCUCUUUUGUAACUUGGACGAGCUCUUGAGCACUAAAAUUACGAUAGCCGUAUAUCUAAAAGGUUAUUUACGUUUCAAAUUUCAUGGAAGCACAACGUUUGAAGUUGCUUUGGUAUGGGAUCAACCAGAUCGUCAAUAUUUUCACAAAUGGGUGAUGUUGACCAAUCCGAAAGACCUUUCCGCAGGACCGAAAGGUUACGUUAAAUGUAACAUCGCGAUUAAUGUGAAAGGAGAGAAAUUGAAAGUGCAGCCGGAUACGGAGGGCGAGGAUGACAUCGAGGGGAAUCUCUUGUUACCGGUCGGUGGUGAAUUCCUACGUUUUAGGCAACGAGCCUGCUACAUUUUUACAAUUUAUCGGGCCGAUGGUUUGCCAGAUAUGAACAGCUUAUGCAUGAAAAAUGAUUUCGAGAAUAUUAACCCGUUCGUGCAGAUAUCGUUCGCUGGAAUGAAGGAAACGACGAGAGAAGCAUGGCAAACUUACAGGCCGAGAUUUAACGAGAAGAUCAUGUUCAGAGAAAUGUUUCCAUCUCUGUGUCAACGUGUCAGGAUUGUUAUCAAGCACCGUGUUAAUAGCUGUCGAACGUGUGUCGUCGCUUCUUACAUUCUCAAUAUGAGCAAAAUAUCGAGUCCCGGGGAGAACGGUUUCCUGCCGACUUUCGGUCCAUCGUUUCUUCACUUUUACGGGUCCGGAACUACAGAGAAGCACAGCUGUUUUGGCAAGUGCUCUACAGCCCUUCCUUUUUAUCGCGGCAGAGUUCUUAUCUUCCUAAAGACUGAAAUAGAUGAUUCGGAAACAAUGUCUGGAAACAGUGUAGAAACAGAGCUCGCGGCACCAAUAAUCGAGAGAAGCUUGUGGAAGACGGAAGAAUAUUACCUGGUCGCUGUGUUGUACGAUAUAAGCAUGAUCGAUCGGCGAAAAUUUUGGACGAAAUCAAUAAGCUUCGAGGUUAGCCUCGGAAACGCCGGUAACAGACAAUUUGGUCGCAGCCAAUGCUUCGAGGACAAUAACGACGGAAACCAGAUGCCAGAUCGUAGACCGGAGUUCGAGAGCGAGACUGCGCCACGAUUGACUGGAACGCUGGAUGGCAAAUAUAAUUACGUGCCCCUUGGCUCGCGAAAACCCUGCCUCUACGUUAAGUCUUGGUGGCCGAAUCUCGACUGGCGAAUGUACAACAGUAACAGCUUAGCGUUCAUCGCUAAUUUCCUAGAGGAAAAGUUGGAUCAACUGGAGAGCAUGGUGGCGCUCGAGCAUCCGGACACUUACAAAUUCUACAACGAGACGAUCCGUGCCAUGAGAAGCCACUGCAUGCAUUAUUUGCAUACGUUAGACACAGGACGAUACGACGACGAGGGUGGCACUACGAAGCUCGAUCGCUAUCGGGUGAAUCUAUGCCGUAAAGAGAUUGAGAAUAUCCUGAAGAGGAUCAAGAUCAACGGUGAACUUCCGAGCAAUCACUACACGAGAAUCGCGAUGGCGCAUGCCUAUCAGUAUCUCGCUAAAGUGAAAAAGCUACGGGAAGAUCCCCAGCACGGUCUCCCGGACGUUUUCAUUUGGAUAAUAGCCGGCUCGAAGCGAGUAGCGUACGCGCGAUUUCCAGCGGAAAGGAUCAUUUACUCGGAGGAGGUAACCGAAAGGGGGCCGCUGUGCGGUCAAAAGAUCGACGUUCCCUUGGUGCAUCCGCGAGAUGAAGAAGGCGCCGACUACAUGGCCUGUAAACUUGAAGUCUUUCUCUGGCUGGGCAACGCCAAGUACGUGGGAGCCUGUUGGGCUUCGAUACCACCUGGCUAUACGGUGGACCACGAACGGAACAUCGAUUCGUUCCCCAAAUAUUUGGAGUACAGCCGCUUCACGGCGUUUCAGUUACGAGCCCACAUAUUCCAAGGUCGCUUUGAUCCCGGCAUGGAUGCAUCCGGUUUAUUGGAUCCGAUCGUGCGUGUCGCGUUUCACGGUUACACGGCCUCCACCAGAGUUAUUAAGCAGACUCUCGAUCCGUUCUGGGAUCAAACUUUAAUAUUGCCGCCGAGGACCGUUCAUGGAACGAAAGAAUAUAUUAAAUCAAACCCGCCGAAAAUCACUCUGCAAGUGUACGAUCUGGAUUUACUAGGUUUCAAGGAAUUCUGCGGGAGAUGCACAGCUAUCCCAUUAGUUAAGCUCGCGGAGGAAACUUACUCGCCGCCUGAUUUCCCUCCGAAACUUGAGUGGUACAAAUUUAAAUCGCAAAGGGAUUGCAGCGGUUCGGUGCUCGCUGCCUUCGAGCUCAUAGAGACAAUGGACGACACGUCCGUAGACAAGGUCAUGGAUCCUUCAAUGCAGGACGUUAUUUUUAAUAUACCAGAUGACAUCAGACCGAAAAUGACAAGCUACAGGCUUGAAGUUAUAUUUUGGGGCGUACGAGACAUGAAGAAGAUUAAUUACAUGCCAGUGUUAAAUCCUCGGAUUAUUAUAGAAUGUGCUGCCGUUCAAGUCAAGUCAGAAAUAAUGGAGAAUGCCAAGAAAUUCUGCAACUACAAGGAGCCUCAUGUCAUCAUCGAAUUGGACAUGCCAGAAAUCGUUAUCUAUUACCCCUGCAUCACAAUAAAAGCAUACGACUCGCGAGGAUUCGGCUGCUUUAAAUACGUCGGGAUUUGCAUAAUACCGAGCGUUUACAUCUUUCUGGAACAAUUAAUAACGGAAGAGGAUUACGAUGCACAGAUACACGAAACUAAAUACUCGAUUUUGAAGCCUGCGUGGACUAAAAGACAACCUGUGACCAUUUGUAAGUUACCUCUCGCGAAAUUAAAAGAUAAAAAUCAAUUUCAUCGUCAAGCGCCCUUGCCGAUCGAUUACGAUCCAGCGAAAGAAGACGAGAAAUUAAUCCCGUACAAAAAGAUGAUCAAAGAAGAAACAUGGAUUGGAAAGAUCUUGCGGUCUGUAAGAAAGUUUCUCGCGCGUCUGAUACCAGGAAGAAGGAAGAGGACGAAGAAAACGGAGUACAAGUUGGAGAAGGACGAGUACCUCGACUGGUGGAGUAAAUAUUUCGCUUCCUUGGAGGAGGAAAGAAGCAGAGAGCUAGGCACCUCUUCUCCAGGUGAUCAGAAGCUUGUGGCUACGUUCAAGGUACCCUACGCUUUAGCGCAUUUUCACCAGCUCAGCUGUCUUAUUGGACGGGAAACAGGUAUACGACGGAGAGCUGGAGAUGCAACCGCAAUUCGCCGGCUUUCAGGAUCGUCUGAGAACGUUCGAGCUAUGGAAGGGACGGAAGAGCGAGGAUCCCGACCACUAUAUCGACAAUUACGUUGGAAAGGACGCAUCUGCGUGUAUCACUGGCCACAUCCGAGUAACUUGCCCUGCAAAACGAGAAGCGGCAGAAACGCGGCUAAUGGCCUGUGCGACGAUUAUCCGCAUACGGAGCCAAUCAAGCUUCUGGUCAGACUUUACGUCGUGAAAGGUGUCAACCUGCAGCCCAGCGAUCCCCUCACCGGGAAAUCUGACCCGUAUUUGUACGUUAAACUUGGGAAAACGUACAUCAACGACCAGAAGAAUUACAUACCGAACCAGCUAAAUCCUACUUUCGGACGGCUCUUCGAGAUAGAAGCCACUUUCCCUCAAGAUUACAUGAUGAUCGUGCAAGUGUGGGACUACGACGCAACUACGGCCGAUGAUUUGAUAGGAGAGACGAAGAUUGAUUUGGAAAAUCGAUUCUACAGCAGGCAUCGUGCCACUUGCGGCAUUUCCAAGGAGUACAACAAGGAGGGAUACAAUACGUGGAGGGACCGCGAGAGACCGAAGCAGAUACUCGAGCAACUUUGCAAAAGGAAUAAUCUUCCGUUGCCGGAGUACCAGGAUCAUUACGUGAAAAUUGGACGAAAAAGAUUCCCUUUCGUCGACCAGCAGACGGAAGACGACAGGGAAGAGUGUAUGGCAUUGAGCGUGCUUCACCGAUGGCAAGAUUUCCCCGUUUGCGGCUGCGUCCUGGUGCCUGAACACGUCGAGAGACGACCGCUUUUUAACAUCGCCAGACCCGGAUUAGAGCAGGUUGGUAAAUUAGAACUUUGGAUCGACAUGUUUCAAUUCGGCGAACGUCCUCCGAAACCAGCAGUGGACAUCAGUCCGCCUGUACCAGAGAAGUAUGAAAUUCGCGUGAUCGUUUGGAACACCGAGGACGUGCCUCUCGUCGACAGUCAAUUCCUUACCGGAGAAAAGUGUUCAGAUAUUUAUGUAAAAGGCUGGAUACUUUACGACGACUAUCAAAAAACCGACGUCCACUAUAAUUCUCUGAACGGAGAGGGAAAUUUUAAUUGGCGAUUUAUAUUUCGCGUCAUGUACUGCAAGGGUGAGCGUGUUAUGAUUGUGCGCAGAAAGACAUCCUUCUUUGCGCGAAGCGAAACGGAAGACAAACUGCCAUGCAGAUUACAUUUGCAAGUUUGGGACAGCGAUCAUUUUUCUCCGGACGAUUUUCUCGGAGCGGUGACGUUGGAUCUAGCCAAAAUGCCACGGGGAAGUCCGAAUUCCAAAACUUGCACUUUAUCGUUACUAGAUCCGACUCUGCCGACGAUCAACAUGUUCAAAAUGGCACGAAUUAAAGCGUGGUGGCCAUUCGAGUGUAGCGUGAACGCAGGUCGAUACGUCCAGGCGGUGUGUAUCGCGAAACUCCCAACAUUUAUUAACAUUGCACAAGACGAAUAUUUAUCUCUCGUAGAUUUUAUCAAAAUCGUAACGCCCGAUGCUCGCGAUGGUAAAGUUGAACUGGAAAUAUCAAUAUUGCCAGCGGAGGAGGCUGACGAAGAACCCGCGGGCAAAGGAAGGGACCCACCUCAAAAUCUACCUCCACCAAACCGACCGGAUACUUCGUUCUCCUGGUUCCGGAAUCCGUGGAAAGCAUUCCGUUACAUUGUUUGUCGGUAUUACAAAUGGAGGAUAAUAGGCUUCUUCAUGUGCGUGCUGAUAAUAUUGUUGGCAGCUUGCGGAAUUUAUGCUUUCCCUGGUUAUCUGGUGAAGCGGCUUCUCGGCGCUUGA